UGUCUCCCCGUCACUCGCGCGUGUCUGCCGUCUUGUCCGCUGUCUUGCUUUUCCUCUACGACCAUGUCUAGCGUCGGUCUCCGACUUGCGGCGAGCACCUCGCGUACGGCGCGUCUGGCUUCUGUGCGCACGCAGGCGUGUCGCGUGCAGUCAAGAGAGCUGCACCGCAGGAAGGAGCUUCCGUACCCCGUAGAGGAGGGUCUCGGGACGUUCCUCCCACCAAAUUCGCUGAGGAUGAUUGCGGAGGACUACCAGCAGGGGCUUUUGGACAGGUUAAACGACCAGGUUCGGGGAACCGCUCUGGAGAACAAGAACAUUGUGCAGACGGUGGUAGAGGGUGCACGGGAUCCUAGCAAGGUUCUCGAAUUCAACUACGCGUCCGAAGCUCUCAACAACUCUUUCUUCCUCGAGUGUGUCAAACCCCCACCGGCCAAUGCGUCGUCGCACGAGCACGCCCUGCGCAACACGACUCUCGAGCGCCGCAUCGGGUACCACUGGGGGUCGCUCAAACACUUCCAGUCCAGCUUCAGCGCCGCCGCGCUCGGCAUGUUCUCUUCCGGCUACGUCUGGCUCGUCACCGACAAGGAGUGCCGGCUAGGGAUCAUGCCCACCUUCGGCACGGGCACGCUCCUCGUGCGCUCCAGCAAGCCCUCCGACGCGCUCCUCGAGUGGCAGCGCGUCUCCGGCCAGAGCGUGCUCCCGCUUGAGGGCGACGCGCUCCCCCCGCCCCUCACGCACCCGUCCGGCGGCUCGCCCCCUGGGCCCAGCUCGCCCGCCUCGGGGCUCGCGCAUGGGGCCCCGCCGCUGAACCCGCACACGCCCGCGCGGAGCAUGUCGACGCUCCCGAAGCCGCCGCGUACGCACGCGGUGGACAUGGAGGAGGAGGUGAACCUGAAGAAUCUGGGGAGCAGCGUGUUGUACCCGCUGAUGUGCGUGUCUGUGCACGAGCACGCGUGGGUCAGCGCGGGGUACGGCGUGUGGGGCAAGGAGGAGUACCUGAAGCGGUUCUGGACGGUCGUCGACUGGGCGCGCGUCAGCGAGAUCUUCCAGAAGGUCGCGCCGGAGCAGCGCAGGCAGUGAGCCGUGUGGUGCUGGUGGACGGAAGGAUGGGGCGCGUGUCAUCUCCCCCACUCACUCGUCGUCGUUGCUGCAUAUUAUCGUGUGUCCCUUACCCUCGUAUAGUCAUUAGAGCUCAAAAGUACUCUUUAAUACGGUCAAGUUUCGUGCCUGCACUUGGUUGCAGUGGGUAUCGACAUCCGUGUUCCCUCAGCAUCAUACAAGGUUACGUUACAUUGGUCGUCUACUACUACCAUCGCC